AUUUUUAGUCUAGGAAAAAUAUUAAUGGUUGUUUGACGAUGAAUUUUGGAGCACAACCACACAAAGAGCCCACCAACGUUAAUGUGUUUCAUAUCGUCACAUAGGGGGCAGUCAAGGAGCACUGACGAUGGCACAUCCCCCCAGCUCUGUUGUACCGGGGACUCGACUACGUAAAUCACCCAGCACCACCAAGAACGUUAAGAGUCACAACGAAUCUUCACAUGUGGAAGAGAAUCAAAUAUGGGUCCAGUGUGAAACACCACGCUGUUUGAAAUGGAGGCUAAUUCCUCAGGUGAGCGAUGUUGGUGUGAGGCUGAGCUCAGAGCAGUCCUGGUUCUGCAGCAUGAACCCCGAUCCGGUGUACAGCUCAUGUGCGGCGCCCCAGCAGCUCUUACCAAGUGUCUCCCUGCUCAAAAAGCAUGGCUUGGAUUAUGUUUACUCACAGAUCCCCGUAGGCAGUCUUGUGUCUGCAAAGAUCAGGGGAUGGCCGUGGUGGCCAGCUGUCUUGAGCCCGGACCCAGGCAACGGGAUGCACUUGAAACAGGAUGGAGAUGGAGAUGUGCACAGCUACCAUGUUGAGUUCCUGGGCAACCCCCACAGCAGAUGUUGGGCCAUGGCCAAGUGUGUAGGCAGCUACCGAUCCAUUGCUGAGAAGGAUUUGAGAGCGCUUACGAAAACUGGCAGGAAGUCAUGUAAUAUUGCCAUACAGGAGGCUGGACAAAUCAAAAACAUGUCAUGUGAGGAAAGACUCCUCUUAUGUCACUUCCAACCAAAUUACUUAUUGAUUAAAGCCGAGAAGCUGAUGUGGGACAUUGAGGACCUGAUAAAACAAUUUGACUCAAACGGCGGCUCCAGACAGAAACAAAAACACAGCAAGGACCAGAGCUCCUGGUUGUGUCAGGGCGGGAUUGAGGAGGAUGGCGAUGCCUUGAUCGUCGAGGGCUUCAGGUUUGAGAGUGCAGCCAGCACGGAGGAGCUGAGGAGCCUCGGUUCACAGCCUGGCCCAAGCAACUUGUAGCGUGACAGAUGACUCCAGGGCAGAUCGAAUGAGGAGAUCCAUAGGUUAUGAUUGGGAGGCUCAAACCAAAGGGCAGCUGUGUUGAGCAAUGUCAGUUGGCUCUAUGGUAAGCUUUAUUUGCGUUUAAUUACUUUUUUUUGUUUUAUUCUUUGUUGUUUAUUACUGUUUGUUCGCCAAAGGCUAACCAGAGACAUGAUCCACUUUGUUAAUUUGAUGAAUACGGUAUUUUAAUAUUUUUUUAUUUUUGUUCCUUUGCUAGUGUUGUGUAUAUUUGCAUUGGUAUUUAAAUACCUGAAAAUGUCUUGAUAGACUUCAGGCUGUAAAUGUAAUUCGUUUAUAAAUCUGUUUAUAAAUC